CGAACAUAAUGUCGUGGGUAGACGAAAUUCGAGUUAUAGUUGGUCUAGAUUUCGGAACAACCUACUCGGGAUUUUCCUUAUUUCAUGUUGAUGAUGAUGAUAUCGGGAAUAUCAAGACGAAUAGUGAAUGGCCGGGAGAGUUAGGAAAAUUUAAGACCAAUACAGUACUUCAAUAUAAAGAAGAUUUUGAAGAGGUUGAAUUAUGGGGUUAUCCGGCCUUAUAUAAGAAACCUAAUAGGAGAAGCGGAGGUGAUGAAACAAAACCUGUAGAAUUGUUUAAAUUACAUUUGGGUAAUUGUCUGGAAAAGUUUAAACCAAAAUUUCCUAAACCAUUAACUUAUAAACAAGCAAUUACUGAUUAUCUUAGUAAAAUUGGAGAGUUGAUUAAGGAAACCAUUCCUAAAUACUGGACUGGUAUCGACUUUAUGGAACAUGUUCUUUUGGUUCUUACUAUACCAGCUGAAUAUUCAGAAAAUGACAAAGCUAUAAUGAGAGAAUGUACAUUCAAUGCUGGAUUAAUUAGCGAUAAACGUUCGGAAAAAUUGCAAUUUACAACUGAACCUGAAGCUGCAGCAAUCUACUGUAUGUAUAGUAGCUUAAGAGAACACAGACUUGCAGAACCCGGAACAACUUUCAUGAUCGUCGACUGUGGAGGCGGCACAGUAGAUUUAACAACACGUAAAUUAUUAGACGACGAUCAGUUAAGCGAAGUCACUGAACGGGCAGGAGACUUUUGCGGAAGUACUUUCAUUGAUAAAGAAUUUAUUGAACUACUUAAACGUGAAGUUGGAAAUAAAGCUGUAGAUUUGUUGGAAGAAAGGCAUUAUGGUCAAUUGCAAUAUUUAGUUCAAGAAUUUUGUCAAAAUGUUAAAUUACCAUUCACUGGAAAUAAUCCAGAUUUUAGUUACGAAAUUGAUCUUGAAGAAAUUGCUCCUGCGUUAUUACAAUUUGUUACUGGUUCAAAGAGGGAUUUGAUGGAAGAAAAAGAAUGGAUUAUUGGACUUGAUUUUAAUACCAUUAAAAAAUCCAUGUUUGAUCCUAUUAUUGAUAGGAUUAUAAGAAUGAUUCAAGUUCAGUUAGACAACUCUUCUGACGAAUGUUCUGCAAUAUUUUUAGUUGGAGGUUUCGGUCAAUCCAGAUAUUUACAGGAAAGAAUCGAGAAAAAAUUCAGUCAUUUAGUAAAAAAUGUCUCAAUUCCAAAUCAACCUAUUGCGGCAAUUGUACGUGGCGCAGCAAUCUACGGAAAAAGUUUACAAAGGUCGAGAAAUUUGAAGAACAUGAAUAAUGUUAAAUGUGUUAUCGCAACUCGAGUAUUGAAUCAUACGUUCGGAAUUAAAUUACAUCCUAUAUGGAAUCCAUUCGGUGAUCCAAUAAAUCGACUUACAGCUGAUGGAAGAAUUGCUAAAUUUUGCUGUAUUGUAGAACGUAAAACCGAAGUUACAAUUGAUCAAGAAUUCAAAGUUGAGGAUGUGUUACCCGUUUAUUCAAAUCAAACAAAAUUACGCUUUGAAAUAUUUUACACAAAAGAACAGAGUGCUGAUUAUUGUGAUGAACCCGGCAUGAAAUUGCUUGGGAACUUACGCAUUGACCUUCCCGACGUGCAUUUAGGAACUAAUAGGCCUUGUACAUUUUGCUUAUCAUUUGGUGAUAUGGAAAUUAAAGCUAGAGCAUUUAAUCAAACGAAUGGACAAAAUUACCAAACCAAGUUUGAAUUGAAUAAUUUUUAGGUUACUUAUAUUUGUAUCAUUAUUAUUAAGUUUAAAUAAAUUUUAACGUUAAUAAAUAUAUAUAUGUAAGAUUAAAUGAAAGAUUUCAAUUUUUUCGUUCAAGACGUGCUCUAUCGUAAAACAUUUGUGUGGAUAAGAUAGACC